AGAGAGAGAGAGAGGGGGGAGCUUGAGGGAGCGAUGCUGGACUCCCGCUCUCACACUGCAGUCUUUCUUCGGCUUCUCUGAGGAAACUGUUCUCCGUGCGCCUCGCGCCGCUUCCUCUUCUUCCUGCCAUGACCCCGGUGGACACCGGCGUCCGCCUGCCCACCUAGAGGAGCGGGAGCGGGCGACAGCGGGGGAGGGGCGCCGCCGCACACUUUGCCUCCCUGAUGAGAGUCUGGAAAUUAAUUAAGCGCCAUCAGAACACGGGGAGCGCAGAGUGAGGUGCAGGAGGAGAUUGAGGCGCCGGAGUCUUAGGAACCGCAGGGAAGCUGAGAAACAGCGAGGAGCAGCUGAGGGACCGCAGAUACUUUCAGAGACAAAGGCAGAAGUAGGAGCAGGGCAGAAACUGAGGCAGGCAGGAAUCCGGCGGGGGCUCCGGGUGAAGCGGAGAACGGGUCGCUCUCGUGCGGGGGUCUCUCUCCACCCCUGCCUCUCGUUUGCUCCUCUCUUUCUGCAUGUCAGCAAAAGCGGAGUGAAGCCGCGGCCCCACGCGAGCGCCCGACGCCCGCCCUCCAUCCCAGCGCUCACCCGUAGCCGACGCGCGCUCGGCCCCUGAUUGGCCGAGGCGCGGUCUCGUUAGCGCCGGGCUCAGAGCCUCUCCCAUGCGAGCAGGUAGGACACCGCGCAUCGCUGUGGGAACCGGAGCAGCCCAUUGAAUCGUAAGCCUGUCUUUGGAGCAUGACACCUGCGUCUGAGUUCCAGCGCGGGCGCGGACGCGUGCACGUGCACGUGCACGUGCGUGUCGGGACUUUAUCCUAAGUACACAGAAUUACACAGGUGUUGCAGCAGGAUUAUGCCAGGUCCCCUGCUGCACUACAGGAUUAGAGAGAAACUUAAGUGAAGUGAAUCUGGCUCAGAUUAAGUGAGAUCGGUGUGUCGAUAGCGUCCUGUCCAGCUGUUUGGACCUGAACCAGGGAGCGCCAGAACCCGGCCCCCGGCCCACCGGACCCGCUGAGCCUCCGUAAUGAGACGCUCGAGCACAGACGAGACCCCGUACCGGCGCAGCCCGUCGCUGGACAGCAAAGCGGACUCGCCGCCGUUCACCUCGGGCUUCCACCGCUUCAGCGGGGAGUUCGAGUACAAGCGGCCGCCGUUCGCGUUCGGCUUCCACACCACGAAGGCGCCGCAGACGUCCAAAGGGCGCUACGCCCAGGGCAAGAAGUACGUGGUGUUUUACCUGGACCUCUCCUUCAUCUUCCUCCUAGAACUGCGGCGCUGCAGGAUGGCCGAGGGCUGCGUGAUGGCCCUUCGCUACGGGAUGGUCUUCUUCAACCUGCUCUUCUGGUUGGGAGGAUGUGGCAUACUGGGCGUGGGAGUCUGGCUCUCUGUGACCCAGGGAAACUUUGCCACCCUGUCAUCAUCCCUCCCCUCCCUGUCGGCAGCCAACUUGCUGAUCGCGGUGGGGACUAUCAUCAUGGUGAUCGGCUGUCUGGGCUGCGUGGGAGCUGUCAAAGAGAGUCGUCCAAUACUGCUCACGUUCUUCAUCCUCCUCCUCCUCAUCUUCGUCCUGGAAAUUCUGUCCAUCAUGCUUUUCUUCAUCUAUCAAGAUAAGAUUGAUCACUACGCCCAGAGGGAUCUGAAGAAAGGCCUCCAGCUCUUCGGCACAGAGGGCAACGUGGGCUUGACCAACGCCUGGAUGAUAGUACAAACCGAUUUUCGCUGCUGUGGCGUAACCAACCACACGGACUGGUUCGAGGUCUACAACGCCACGCGCGUGCCGGACUCCUGCUGCCUGGAGUACAGCGACAACUGUGGGCUGGACAACCCGGGAACGUGGUGGACGGCGCCGUGCUACGAGCGAGUGAAGGACUGGCUUAAUGAGAACCUGGUGGCCCUUUGGAUCUUUGCUCUAUGCACAGCACUCACUCAGAUCCUGGGCCUGGUCUUCUCCAUGACCAUGUUCUGUCAGGCGGUGAAAGUGGAGACCUUCUACGCCUAGCGCUCGACCUCUGCCCUUCGGCGCCGGAGCGGAGCGGAGGGACAGCGAUGCCCCCCCCCCCCACCACCACCACCACAGACUCUCUCCAUCACCCUCCCUCUCCGUUCCACUUCCCUCAGAUGUCACCAGUUCACAGAUUCUCCUGCUAACGAUCAACAGCACAGUGUCAGUGUGUGAUCCCUGACUUGGUUCCUAUGCUUUGCUCUGUGUCCAACGCUAACUUCUGUGAUCCAUUCUAUGAUGCAGUAUUACCCACCUGUAUAAAACACGUGUAACCCAUUUUUUAAUAUGUGUUUGCGUUUAAGUUAUUUUGCGGCGCCCGUGCUGAACGCGAGCGGGGGCGGUGCGGUGUGUGAAGCGCUGCGAGUGCAUGUAUUAAAUGUUUGGCUCCACUAAA